AUGCACCAGUUUCGGCCCGAUUACUGGACUGAUGACCCCAUGGAGGGCGUCCUGGGCUCCGGCAUGCUGCGUCCCGGCGCCACAGCCCGCCGCUUCGAUGAAUACUAUCGCUGCUACCCGGUUGCCAUGCUGCCUGGUCCUGAAAGAGAGAAUGUCAACCAUGGCGGCAAGGUCAUCAUGCCGCCUAGUGCUUUGGAUAAGCUUACUCGACUCCACAUCACCUAUCCAAUGCUGUUCGAGCUGCACAAUGGCGCCAAAGAAAGAAUGACCCAUGCUGGUGUUUUGGAAUUCAUUGCGGAGGAGGGAAAAAUAUACCUGCCUUUCUGGGUGAGUACAGAGGAAGCUGUUGAUGACUUGGAUACUCGGCCUGUGCUAAUGCGUUUCAUUUUACAGCUCAUGCAAACACUUCUACUCGAACCUGGAGACCUUCUCCAAAUCAAAUCUACAGAUCUCCCACCCGGGCAAUUCAUCAAGCUCCAAGCUCAGUCGACAUCUUUCCUGGAUAUCAGCGACCCCAAAGCCGUGCUUGAAAAUGCCUUCCGGAACUUCUCGUGUCUUACCAAGGGCGAUGUCUUUACCUUUGCAUAUAAUGAUCAGGUCUAUGAAAUGGCGGUCCUGGAGACCAAGCCAGCUGGGUCUAAAAACGCGGUAUCCGUUCUCGAGACUGACCUGGAAGUCGAUUUUGCUCCUCCGGUGGGAUUUGAGGAGUCGCAACGGGCCAGUGGUACUAGCACCCCGGGCAGUGUGGUCGGUGGAAAGCUCCCGGCGGGCGGACUGUUGCAUCCUCAGGGCACUAUGGCCCAAUCCAUCAACUACGCCGCCAUUGCCCCCGAGGCAACCGAUGCCGCCGCCGGUGCCCGGGCCGUUUCCUCGAAUUUUCUGACAGGAGGACAGCGUCUUAACGCCAAGAAGGGCAGCAAAGCACCUACGCCAAAACCUACUACCCCAGCUCCCGGAGCUACAAAUCCCCAACAUCACCCACCACCCCGAACAACAAACGGCCCACAACCCCUCCGCCUCCAACCUAACCAACUCUUUUUCGGAUACGCCAUCAAGCCGCUCAAAAAGCGCGACGAGAACGGAAUGCUGGUCCCUGAAGAUCAGCCCAAGUUCCAAGGAGCGGGUCAGACGUUGCGGGGGAAGCGCAAGGACUUGGGCGAGUCGGCAACUCCCACCUCUGGCAGUGACGCCGAGAGCCACAAGGGCAAGGAGCGCGACCAAAAGUCGCAUGGAAGCGGUCGCACCUUGGGAGGCACUCGACGUUGA